AUGUUCACCAUCUUGAUUGCCGCGGUGGUGGAUGUGGCAACUUUUACGGGAAUCGCUGCAGCAGAUAAUCUUGUCCUGUACUACCCGGUGUAUCCGCAAUAUGUUGUACCGAGGCAUUUGCAAAAUUUUGAGAGGAAUGCUCCACCAAGGUCUCACCAACUCUUCAAAGUUAGGCGCCAUCGUAUUUUGAAAACUGCUGAUCCAUUGCAGAACGAAGUGGAGCCGUUUGAAGUAAAUACAGAUAUCGACUACGCCCAGUACGAUACUAAUAAGCCUCUAGCAGUAGAAAACGAUAAAACAACGACCUCUUCUACCGGAUUAGGAUUUGGAAAUUCGAUCAUACCUCAGGGACUACAGAAUGGAUCGCCCAUUCGUCUUUAUGCACAUUUCGACACAAAAUCGAACAAAUUUGUGAUACAGGAGCAACUAAAAUUCCCUAUCAGAGGCGAGGGAUACGCACAUCGAGCAGCAGCAGCGCCAAUAUUUUCACCUUUGUCGCAAGCACAUAGCGUGGGUCAGAAAAAAACAGGAUCACCUGUUGAUGGGCGCGCAGCAAUAAAUAUGCUUACUGGAAUGCAGAAGCCGGCAACCAGGUUGCGAUUCCACGGGCCGUCAACUACGUUCCGGUCUAGACCAAGCUUUCCGUUAAUCAAAAAGACGCCAAAAGUCUGGACAACGUCUCCUACAACAGUAAUCGACGGUGACGCUACGGUGGAAUUCUUCCGAUGCAUGUUGUAG